AUGGCGGAAAUCGUAAAGCUUGAAAGGGAAAAUGUCCGCUUACAGGAGCAGUCGAAACAACUAUCCGCCGAACUCAGUCGCCUGAAAAAGAACCGCGUUCAAAUGUCACGACAGUUAAAAGAUGAAGAGAUGAAAUUCAGGAAGCUGAAAAUGGAGAGUGAUCGGAAGAUGGCGCAAAUGAAAAAUCAGCGUGCCAAGGACAAUCAACUGGCGUGGCUUCGCCGUAAAUACGAAGAAGCAAGUGCAUGCGUUAAGCGAUUGCAAGAGAAACAACAAGCGAAAUGUGGAAUACGUAGGAAUGCGCGUGGCGAAGAACAAUUAUUAGCGGUUUUACGUGACGAAUUGGAUGUAGCGUACGCAGCGAAUGAAGCAAAGGCGUACUGCAAUAUGCUGAAUGAGGAACGAAAGAAAUUUAUCGCACAACAACAAAAAUUGGAGAGAAAGCUGGCCCGACUUACUGCAGAACCGCCAUGCAAAGUAAGUACCGGGAGUGUGCGCGAAGAAAAGCGGCUGGGGAAUUGA